GGAAAGCAACAGCAGCAGCAGCACUUGGAGCUGUGGACAACCAACAACUGUUGAUAGUUUUGGCCGGCCAAACAACUUUUGUUUCAGUUGAUGCGUAACUUUUAAAGAGGACGGUUAACGCAGAAGUUUUGCUGCGGCAGGCGAUUCGGAGUGGUGUGUGCCUUAUAGUGUUUCUGCUGUUGUUUUUGUAUUUUUAUGAUAGCAUUUUUGUUUAUAAAAAUUUUGAGAAUUUGCAAAUGGAGAAUGAAAUAAAUUGCUGUUAUUAAAUUAACAAUUGCCAAAAAUAAAAGUGUUGAUUGGUUAUAAACAAAAGAAAGAAGAAAUAAAGAAAAAAACCCAAUAAAAAUAAAGAGCAUUGGAAAUUUAAAAGGCGAGUGAAACGUAAAUUCCAUAACAAGAAAUAGAAAAGAAUUUCGAAAUAAAAAAAAGAACCGCCAAUUCGAAAAGAAAGCUUUAAUACCCCUCAUCAACUUGGAAUUUUAAAACCUGCCACCAAAAAUGACAUCCACCCAUCUGCGACGGCUACCCAUCAUAAUUUUAAUCUACAUAUUUAUAUUUGUUCCGGAACUAUGGGCCACGGCGUCCAUAGAUGAAUUGGAAAAAUCCCAUUUACGCGGUGAUUUCCACACGCCAUGUUUCUUCUUUCAAACGGUAAAUGUUACAGCCGAUAAGAGAUUUGCUAACGGCUCGUAUCUACACGAUGGCGUUAUUAUCCCACACAAUCUUAUCGGAGUCUAUAACUAUGUUUACAAGGAUCCUGUGACCCAGACACGAGUUGCUCCACAUCUGCGUGGUUGUAUUUGUAAACUAAAGCCUUGUGUUAAUUUCUGUUGUCCCUAUGGUCAGGUGCACAAUGGCACAGAUUGCUAUGACGCUUCCAGUGAAUUGGAUUGGCCACAUGAAAUAAAUGUGACCUUGCGCAAUGGUCUCCAGAAAACAGUAGAUGUUUUUGAACAAUUUGCCGUCGUACCAUUUCGUCCGUGCGUGUCGAUGUAUGCUUUGGAUCCAACACAAUUUCCUGAGGAUGAAUGGCAAAUGCUUGAGAAUGGUACCCUCUAUUUACAAGCCGGAGAAAUGUAUUUAACGCGAGAGGAUUUCUGUAUGAUGACCAAGGUAGAUGUAAAUGGUACAAACAUUCGUUAUUUGAAUCCGGCAAAUUGUGAAGUUGGCUCCGCCCGUGGUACUGUCAAAAUCAUCAAUGCCUAUGCCAUGUUGUUCUCCAUUCCGUUUAUGGUGCUUACCAUCAUCGUUUACCUGGCCAUACCAGAGUUACGCAACCAACAUGGCAAAUCUCUGGUGUGCUAUUUAUUUGGUCUCAUCGUUGGCUAUUCCCUGAUGGGUGCAAGCAUCUUAAAUGUCAGCAUGGAUGUGUUGGGUAUCGAGUGCAAGAUUGUGGGUUAUACCUGUUAUUAUUCCUUUAUGUCUGCCUUUUUCUGGUUAAACGUCAUCAGUUUUGAUUUAUGGCACAAUUUUCGUGGCACCCGUGGCAUCAAUCGUUCACUGGAGAAGAAACGUUUCAUCAUGUAUUCACUGUACUCGUGGGGCAUUCCGAUACUGUUCCUCUUGGCAACAAUGUAUGUCCAAGAGUAUGUGGAUAUACCGGAACGUCUGCAGGACGAUUUGAAACCUGGCAUUGGAGGAGGACAUUACUGUUGGAUAAACAUGGACACGUGGGCUGGUUUUGUUUACUUUUUCACGCCGAUUUUGUUUAUCAUGGUGGCCAAUAUAAUAAUGUUUGUCAUGACGGCAAUGAAAAUUCAUCGAGUACAAAACGAAAUGGCCCGCAUAAUGGCCAAGGAGGACAGCACCAGAAAUCUUAAAAAGGAAAAGGACAAGUUCGGUUUAUUUUUACGCCUUUUCCUGGUAAUGGGUGUCACUUGGUCCCUGGAAAUCAUCUCAUAUUUUGUUGGGUCCGAUAGUAAAUGGGCGAAAAUCUUCUAUGCAGCUGAUAUUUGUAAUGCCGUGCAGGGUUUCUUGAUUUUCAUGCUAUUCGUCAUGAAACGCAAGGUCAAACAAUUGAUAACGAAUCGAUACUCAUCGGUGCGUGAGACCAGCAGUAAUCAACGACAAAGUCAAUAUUCUAACCGAACCACAACUAGCAGCAUGGGCAAUUUGGCCAAUAACGUGCAGCAAUCCGAGAAGCCUUUGAUCCGACAUCUAGAAAGUGUUACCAGUUUUGACUAAGUCAACUUUGUGCCAAAAUGUGCCUUUUAGUAGCUAUGUAUCCCACUCGAUGAAUAUGUGUCACAUUCAUUUCUUAUAUCGAAUCUUCUCUGAGUAAUUUUAGUUAUUUAAGAAUAUUUUAGUUAUUAUUUUAAAAAAUAAGAUUUAUUAUCUAGCAUAGCAUUAGCAUUAGGAAAAAAACAACAAAAGACAUGAACAAAAGAAAACUAAUGGCGAAUUUGCUUAUGUUAAUUUUUUAGUUAGUGUGGAUCACUAUUUGCUUUUUAGAAGAGAAUACAAGAAAUAAAAAGAAUUUAACGGACACUUGCAAAUCACAUGAAAAAAGCCAAUACCCAUAGAAGGUAAAUUAAAUAAUACUGAUAAUAAUAAUAAUAAUAAUAAUAAUAAUAAAAAUUGUUAUUAUAUUUAAUUAUUGUAAUUACAAUUAUAUAGUUAUGUUUGUAAAUAUAAUUAUUAUAAGAAUAAAUAUAAUUAUUUAUAAUGAUUAUAAUUACAAUUAUAAUUAUUAUAAUUCUAAUUUAAAAAAAAAAAUAAACACAAAAAAUCAUUUUAAAUAUUAUUUUAAGUGUCUGUAUGUAAUAUCUCAAAUCAUUCCUUUUUGUAAAGCUAAGUUUCCGAUCUAUGUAAGCUUAUUCUCAUUCUACUAUAAUUGUAAAUUUUCUCUGUGGAUUUCCUUUGUUGCUAUUAUUAUACCCUCCACCAUUCUAUGGAGGGUAUAUUAACUUUGCCAUUCCGUUUGUAACCCCUCGAAAUAUUUAUAAUAGACCAUAUAAAGUAUAUAUAUUCAGGAUCAGCGUAAAAUUCUAAGACGAUCUAAUGAUGUCUGUCUGGCUAUUUUAAUCACGCUAGCUUUCGAACGAAUUGAGUUAGAUGGCUAAAAUUGGAUAUUAAAAAAAUUUGCAUACAUGCAUAGUUUAUCAGUAGGCAGGUUAAGUUCGUAAAUGGGCCAUGCCGGUCCACGUCUUCGUAUAGCCCCCGUACAACGGUACAUGCAGACAUUCGCUCUUUUCAUGAUUUUAGCGACAGUAUUCACCGAAUUUCUUUCAAUUUUCGCAUUUGAAGUUCCUAAUGGGAACUACAGCCUGUGACAGAAAAUUUUCUGUGCAGGUACAGGUCUUCGUAUAGCCUAUAGUACCUCCCGAUAUUCGGUAUUUUGAUAAUUUUAGCCACAUUAUUCACCGGAAUUAUUUUAAAUUUGGUAUUUGAGGUUUAUAAUGGAUACUACAGCCUAAGACAGAAAAUUGUCUGUGCAGGUCCAUGUCUUCGUAUAGCCCCAUAUAACGGUAGCUCCCGAUAUUCUGUAUUUUGAUGAUUUCAGUGACAUUAUUUUCCGAAAUUAUUUCAAAUUUCGUAU